AUGGACAAAGCAUUAAGAAGCUUUGAUAUUGAAUGUGCUACCAUGUGCAAUUUACGCCAUUGCAAUCUCAUUAAGGUCAUCAGUUGCUGCUCAAAUGAUCAUUUCAAAUCUCUAAUAAUGGAAUUCAUGGAAAAUGGGAGUCUAGACAAAUGGUUAUACUCUCAUAACUAUUAUUUAAAUGUCUUGCAAAGGUUGAACAUAAUGAUUGAUGUGGCAGUUGCUUUAGAGUAUCUUCAUCAUGGUUCUUUAACACUAGUUGUUCAUUGUGAUGUGAAACCAAACAAUGUUUUAUUGGAUGAAGAUAUGGUAGCUCAUCUUAGUGAUUUUGGUAUUGCUAAAUUGUUUAGUGAAGGACAACUAGAAAUUUAUACAAAAACUUUGGCUACAAUUGGCUAUAUGGCACCAGAGUAUGGAUCAAAAGGAGUUGUUUCUAUCAAAGGAAACAUGUAUAAUUAUGGUAUUUUGCUAAUGGAAAUCUUUACAAGGAAGAAGCCGACAGAUGAGAUGUUUGUUCAAGGAUUAAGUUUGAAAGAUUGGCUAAGGGUUAGUGAGAAGGAUGUGGUAAAGACGGCUUUCAGGACUCAAUAUGGCCAUUAUGAGUUCUUGUUUGUGGUGGUUUUUAUUGAUGAUAUCUUGAUCUACUCUAAAGAUGAAGAGCAAUAUGCCAGACACUUGAGGACUGUCCUAAGAUUUUUGCAAGAUGAUAAGCUAUAUGCCAAGCUUAGUAAGUGCGAGUUGUGGAUGAGAGAGAUUAGAUUCUUGAGACAUAUCACAUCAGUAAAUGGUUUUGUGGUUGAUCUGCAUAAGAAGGUUAAGGUAGAGCACCAGAGACCAUCAGGGUUGUUACAGACUCUGGAGAUUCCCAAAUGA